GAAGACAAUUCAAAUAACAUAUAAAAAAAAGUCAUUAUAUAAUGCAAAUAGGGUUGCUUAAAAGUUGGUGAGGACAAUUUGAGCAUCCUGAAAAGUUGGUAGUGUUUUGUCCCUACCGUCCCUAUGCAAACCUACGCCUUCAAGUUACAUACGAUGCUAAAGGCGCCCCUUUUCCCCCUCUAAGCACCUGCCCCCCAAAUUGUCUGCGCAUGCCAAUGAGUACACUUACCAACGUGUAGGCGCUUCUCAUGCCUGUAAGACAAGAAAGAGGGUAAACUCAUAUAUCGCCGUGCUGGUACAACACAUUGGAAGCUGCAUGAUAAACGCUUAUGAAUCACUACUUGGCAAAAUCUACAAAAACAAGGAAUUCAUAACUUGGAAAAAGAUUUCCGUUAUUAUUUUACUGCUGGAUGACCAGAACUGAGCGGGGGUCACCAUGACAACAGACGAAGCAGAGAGUCACCAAAAGAAACCAAAGCAGCAGGAAGAGGCAGGCCAGGAUGCGAAGCCGUCUUCUCCAGAUGAGGAACACCUGCGGCCUCGCAACCGCAACUCUGCCGGCCGCGGACUCUCCCGCCUCUUCUCCUCCUUCCUAAAGAGACGCUCCCAGUGUGAAAGCGAGGGAGGUGGGAAGGAGGAAGAAGAAGCAAAAGCUCCCAUCGCUGACCCUGAACCUGAGCUGAAGAUUGAGGGAGAGGUGGCACAUGACCAGCACUCAGUUAGCAGCGGUGAAGCUCAGGCUGCCCAGGUAGACAAGAAAGAAGCUGCGGAAGAGGAGGGUGGAAAAGACAAAGAGAUAACCCAGGAGAAGGCAGAGGUGGCUACACUGGAGAAAGAGGAGGAUAACAAGAAGGAGGAGGAGGAGAAAGGGAAAGACGAGGGAAAAGAGGAGGGUGGAUUGGAAGGUAGCGUUAACGGAGAGAAAGAAGAAAUGGCUGCAGAAGAGGAGUCCAAAACCCCCAAAGCUCCACGUCGCCCCAAAACUAUGCAGAUUAAAGUCACCCUGCUGGACGACACUCUUUAUGAGUGUGAGCUGGAUAAACAUGCCAAAGGCCAGGAGCUGUUCACAAGAGUAUGCGACCACCUCAAUCUGCUUGAGAGAGACUAUUAUGGGCUGGUCAUCUGGGAGACACCCAACAUGAAGACUUGGAUGGACUUGGCCAAGGAUAUCCGCAGACAAGUGCAAGGUGCCAACUAUGAUUUCACUUUCAAUGUGAAAUUUUACCCACCUGAUCCAGCCCAGUUGUCUGAAGACAUCACAAGGUACUAUCUAUGUCUCCAACUGCGUAAGGACAUCCUGCAAGGGCGGCUGCCCUGCUCUUUUGUCACCCUGGCCUUGCUAGGCUCCUAUGCGCUGCAGUCAGAACUGGGCGAAUAUGACCCUGAGGUGCAUGGCAGUGAAUAUGCUAAGGAGAUGAAAAUGGCUAAUGGGCAGACCAAGGAGCUGGAGGAAAAGAUGAUGGAGCUCCACCACACUUACAGAUCAAUGACUCCAGCUCAGGCCGACCUGAUGUUCCUGGAGAACGCAAAGAAGCUAUCGAUGUAUGGAGUUGAUCUCCACCAGGCCAAGGAUCUUGAUGGUGUUGACAUAAUGCUGGGAGUUUGCUCAAAUGGUCUGAUGGUUUAUAAAGACAAACUGAGGAUAAACCGUUUCCCCUGGCCCAAAGUCCUGAAGGUCUCAUAUAAGCGCAGCAGCUUCUUCAUCAAAAUACGCCCAUCAGAGGUUGAACAGUAUGAGAGUGCUAUAGGCUUCAAACUACCAAACUACAAAGCAGCCAAAAAACUUUGGAAAGUAUGUGUAGAACAUCACACCUUCUUCAGGCUGACAUCUACUGAGAUGGUCACAACUCCCAGGAAGUUUCUAGCACUGGGCUCAAAAUUUCGCUACAGUGGUCGAACUCAGGCUCAGACCAAACAGGCCAGCUCUCUCAUUGACAGGCCAGCUCCUCUUUUCCAGCGCACUUCCAGUAAGAGGAACUCCCGCAGCAUGGAUGGAGCCAUGGCGUCCACUCCAGACAACAGGUCAAGUCGCCCAGUCAGCGCACCCAUCAUGUCACCAUUGUCUCCUGGGGAAAACACGCCAUCGCCGCUGUUACACACCCUUCAUUUUGCCAACCGCAGCAACAGCUCCACUCCUAAACUGCACCGCUCUGCAGACAGGAAAGCAGAAAAUAAGGGUCAUAGUCGGAAGACUGCUUCCACCAAAACCCAGAGCCCCAGACCAGAGUCCACUCCAGAAAUUAAGACAUUGGCCAGGAGAGAACGGAGACGUUCCCCCUCUGUGACCACUGCCAAUGGGGAACGAGAGAAAAAGACUCAGCACUCUCCUCAGGACAAAACAAAAAUGGAGAUGAUGCGCGUGAGGAAGAAACGAGCUAAGAAACUUGAGGGUGAAACAAUUUAUAUCAGACAUAGCAAUUUAAUGUUGGAGCUUAACCCUAAAGGCUUGGCAUGCACCAUUUUCCUCUCUGACUCUAAUGAUGUGGAUAAGACUCAGACCGAGAUCAUGCGUCACCACACCAGUAUCAGUGAGCUAAAGAGGAGCUUCAUGGAGUCUGUACCAGAACCUCGCCCCAGUGAGUGGGACAAGCGUCUUUCCACCAACUCGCCUUUCCGCACAGCAAGCAUCAAUGGCCAACUGCAACCAGCGUCCCCAGUACUGAAGACCCAGACAAUCACCAUCUCAGAUGUUACCAACUCUCUGAGAGGAACAAUGGCCUACAAAGACAUCCCCUUAGUUCAUACGGAGACCAAAACAAUUACAUACGAGUCAGCCCAGGUCUCUCUCCCAAAGCCUGUGGACACCUUGGCAGAACGAGAUUCAGGAGUGCUGCUGAGCGCUCAGACGAUCACAUCCGAGACAAUCAGCACCACUACCACUACCCAGAUUACAAAGACGGUGAAAGGAGGAAUCUCAGAAACCCGCAUUGAAAAGAGGAUCGUUAUAACUGGAGAUACUGAAAUCGAUCACGACAAGGCUUUGGCUCAGGCUAUUAAAGAAGCAAAAGAACAACACCCAGAUAUGUCGGUCACCAAAGUGGUUGUCCACCAAGAAACAGAGAUUUCCCCUGAGUAAGACAAGUUCAUCUUUUGGAAGAUGCCUACAUGAUCCCUCUCCCGACCCUAUCAUUUUUACCUCAGAGCUCUGAGCCACACCCUACAACUUUGCCUUGGACAGAAAAGCCAGACAACAUCCGAGAGACUCAUUUCUUCAUGGAACUAUGAACUCUUACCCUCUGCAAGUGUGGUGCUGUGUUCCAGGAGUCACCCGGAGAAUCACCACAAACAUCCCAAGAACCCUCCCGAUUCCCUCUCCUGUUCUACUUACUGCCAAAACACUGACCGAAGGACAAUUAAAAAAAAAAAAAAAAAAAAUCUUUAUACGGAAUGGAAAAAAGGUACAACACUUGUGUUAUGAUACCUCUCCAAUUUGGAGAUUUUAAGAAAAUUUUCAGAGGCAUUUGGUCUUUUAAUCUUUGAGAUUAUUAAACAUUUAUUUUUGUAUAGCUUUUCUUACCAUCCGAAUUGGUUGCAGAUAACGUGAAGCAAUUCAGUCAAGUGUUUUUUAACAAUGUGAUCGAAACAGCAUCAACACAGGGAAUGUGGGUGAUUUUCUUGGGAUUGUACACAGCAGGGCUCAAAGUUCCCUUCCCAUUUGGUUUCAUUUCUUGCACACUAUAUUAUUCAUGUAUAUUUCUCCCUACAUUUUUAAUGUGAUGAAAUAUUUUUUCAAUCGUUAAAAAAAAUAUUUCCUGUCUUAACAUUAUUUAAUCACUUGUUACCUUACAGUCGCUUAUCGUUUCGUAUUUGCUGUCGUGUUCGUGAUGGAGACCUUUACAUUUAUUUAUUCUCGCCUCUACUAUUGUUAACGUUUUUGUGUUAAAGGUCCUCUAAGCAAACAUAUGUAGCUUUAUUAUUUUCAACAUAGUCGUUUCUACUGAGCGGGGCGGACAUACGGUACCUAGUGUAACACAUUUCAGACAAAUGUGAUGUAUAGCCUCAAGCAUGACAAGAGUGCAUAAGAGAUAAGAUUGUUGUUUUGUUGCUGAGUCUUAUUAAAUAAUUCUCUUUGAAGUUGGACAAAAAUUACAGUGGUAUGAAAAAGUAUCUGAACCUUUUGGAAUUUCUCACAUUUCUACAUAAAAUCACCAUGAAAUGUGAUCUGAUCUUUGUCGAAAUCACACUGUUCAAAAAACUGUCUGCUUUAACUAAAACCACCCAAACAUUUAUAGGUUGUCUUAUUUUAAUAAGGAUAACAUGCAAACAAUGACAGAAGGGGAAAAAUAAGUGAAACUUUGCCUAAGGAGACUUAAAGAGCAAUUGAAAUCCAUUUUUACCAAACAGUUUAAGUCAGGUGUGUGCCUAAUCACUGAUGAGUGGUGUAAAGCUGCCCUGCUCACUAUAAAAAACACACCUGGUAAGAACUGUCUUAUGUGCAGCAUGGCUCGGUCAAAGGAGCUGUCUGAAGACCUGCGAUCAAGGAUUGUUGAUUUGUAUAAAGCUGAAAAAGGAUAUAAAACCAUCUGUAAAGUCUGGAUAUUCAUCAAUCGACAGUCAGAGAAGUUGUCUACAAAUGGAGAGAGUUUGGCACUGUUGCUUCUCUCCCAAAGAUGACACCAAGAGUUCAGCACAGAAUACUCAGAGAGGUAAAAAAGAACCCAAGAGUGUCUGCUGAAGACUUAGAAAUCACUGGCACAGUGCAAUAUCUCUGUGCGCACAUCAACUAUAUGUAAAACUCUGGCCAAGAAAGAUGUUCAUAGGAGGAUUCCAUGGAGGAAGCCACUGCUGUCAAAAAAAAAAAAAAAAAACAUUGUUGCUCGUUUAUUGUUCACACAAAGGCAAAAUAUUUUGUGGACUGAUGAAACCAAAGUUGAAUUGUUUGGGAGUAACACGCAAUGUCUUGUAUGGAAGAGAAAUGGAACAGCUCACCAACAUCAACACCUUAUCCCCACCAUGAAGGAUGGUGGAGGGAGCAUCAUGAUUUGGGGCGGUUUUGCUACCUCAGGGCCUGGACAACUUGCAAUCAUUAAUGGAAGAAUGAAUUCAAAACUUUAUCGGGAUGUUUUGCAGGAAAUUUUGUGGCUGUCUGUCAGACAGUUGAAGCUAAAAAGAGUAUAGAUGCUGCAACGAGACAAUGAUCCAAAACACAGAAGUGAAUCAACUUCAGAAUGGUUUCAGAAGAACAAUAUACACGUUCUGGAGUGGCCAAGUCAAAGUCCAGACUUGAACCCCAUUGAGAUGCUGUGGCAUGACCUAAAGACAGCAAUUCAUGUCACAUAUCCAGGAAUGUGAC